AUGCCUUUCCGUGAAGCAAUUCGAGAGAUUAGCAACGGGUUCCAUCGGGACGAUAAUUUCAGACCUGAGGAUCCAUAUCUAUCGUAUCACGAUAUCUGCCUCACUAGGGAGGACAUAGACUGCUUGAAGAAUGACUGGCUUACCGAUAAUAAUAUUUCCUUCUGGGAAGAGUACCUUGAACACGAGAAGCUCUCAAAGCAGUCUUCAUCGAAGAUUAUACUUCUCAGGCCUUCUAUGGCAUUCCUCCUCAAGUCUACUAAUGACCCCAUGUCCCUACGCACAGCUCUCCCCGAUGUUCGCAGUGCCUCCCACAUAUUCCUCCCAAUAAAUGAUUGCCGCAAUCCAGCGAUUCCCGAGGGUGGUUCCCACUGGUCCUUACUAGUGGUGGGCGUUCGUGAUAGGGUUGCAUUUCAUUACGACUCGUUGUCACCAGCCAAUUACACCGAGGCCCGGAUGGUUGUACACAAGCUGGAACCAUUGCUCGGGUUCCAGUUGAGAUUGAGUAAUAUCGAAGAUACCCCACAGCAGGAUAAUGGGAGUGAUUGCGGGGUGCAUGUCUGCUGGGCUAUGAAGCAUCUGCUCGUCAGGAGAUUGCUCGCUGUGGAGGCAGAGAAGGAAGUCAACAUGAGUUUGGGGGGUAAGAGGGUAGAUGCAAAUGGUGUACGGAAGGAGAUGUUGAAAGUUUGUGAAGCCUUGAGGAAGAAGGCCUCAAGAAGUCAAAGCCCCAAAAAAUCCUCCGAAGGCCGAACAAGCCCGCCCAGAAUUGGCGCCGAGAAGGAAAACACGGCCGCGGAUUAA